AUGUUCUCAGAAAAAGGCAAGACGGCGCCCAGUGAUCUAGAGGCCACAGAUCUAGCACAUAUCACAGAAGAUGAAGAGUCAUCCGAAAUACCCUCCACCUUUGCUGUAAAAAGCAAGGUGCAUGGCUGUCUACAAGUUCUGGGUGCUUUCUUUAUAUUCUUCAAUGUCUGGGGUCUAAACCUCGCAUUUGGAACAUUUCAAAGCUUUUAUGCACUCACCUACAUCCCAUCAUCGACUUCAUCCGACAUCGCCUGGAUUGGAACAAUCCAAUCCUGGCUUCUAAUCGUCGGUGGUCUACUAUCCGGCCCACUCUUCGACCUCGGCUACAACCAGACUAUGAUUAUAGUUGGAAGUAUUCUAGGUGUAAUUGGCAUGAUGAUGCUCAGUCUUGCACAUGAGUACUACGCCAUAUUCCUAAGCCAGGGAGUCUGCGUGGGCCUCGGAUUCGGACUUCUUUAUGUUCCCGCUAUUGCAUUGGUCAGUCGCUCUUUUACAACAAGAAGGGCCGUUGCAUUAGGUGUUUCAAGCAGUGGUGCGCCUGUCGGGGGCAUUAUCUACACUACCAUGUUCAACCAGCUUAUACCAAAGGUGGGAUUCCCCUGGACCGUUCGUCUUGUGGCAUUUGUGAUGCUGGCGCUGUUCAUCGCGGCUGCUAUUAUGCUUUUGUGGCCAGAGAGACAUUCAGUGAGGGUUAAAUCUACCCAGCGCAGGAGCUUAAUUGAUUUGCGCGCUUUUAAGGAUUUGCCUUUUUGGAGCUUUGCUAUUGGGAACUUUUUCCUUUACCUUGGUUAUAUCACGCCUUUCUAUUACAUUCCAACUUAUGCGGAGACGAAACUGGGUACAUCGAGCUCAAUGGCAUCUAAUGUCUUGAUGAUUUCCCAGGCUUCUUCAGUUGUUGGCCGUGUUGUCUUAACUUUAUUUGCUCAUUACUAUGGGUCGAUGGUUGCUUGGAUCGUUUGCGGAGUACUCUCGGGUGUUCUGUGUAUUUGCUGGAUUAGUGCAGAUACUCUGGUAAGGUUUAUUCUUUUUGCAGCCUUCUACGGUGGUAUUUCCGGGGCUUUAAUUCCUCUCCCGCCCAGCGUUUUCACUCACGUCUGUCCCGACCCCAAGAGUCUUGGGACUUGGCUUGGAAUGGCGCAGAGCUUGAGUAGCUUUGCAACUCUUGUGGGGCCACCAAUAGCCGGUGCGCUCGCUUCCAUUGGCGCCGACGGCAGUGCCGAUUUGAACUACCUAGGCAUUCAAUUAUUUAGUGGGACAGUCAUGUGUUUUGUUCGGAGAACCAACCUAUCACAUCCACACGAAACCCUCAUGUCACGGGAUCUCGGGAUUCGCUACAAAUCACACUGGCGGCGAACAAUUCUCCUCGAGAAACUGUCCCCAAAGCACGCCGAUGACCUCUUCACUCUAACUGGUGGACUCGAACCACUCAGAGAGGCUCUCUGGGAUUACAUGUUUGACGGCCCGUACUCAGAUGCCGAAACCUUCAAAACCAGCAUCGCAUCGAAAUCCACUUCAACAGAUCCAUUCUUCUACGCAAUUAUCGACAAGCGCAACUCCCUUUCCACCUUUGGAAAAGCAAUUGGCUUCCUCUCUCUGAUGCGCAUAACUCCCGACCACCUGGGCAUCGAAAUCGGGAAUGUGAUGUACUCAGCUGCGCUCCAGCGCACGACUGGCGCGACAGAGGCGAUCUAUCUCCUCGCCCAGCAUGCUUUUCAUGAACUUGGAUAUAGGAGAUUGGAGUGGAAAUGCCAUUCGCUGAAUGAGCCUUCGCGGCGUGCGGCAUUGCGCUUGGGAUUCUCGUUUGAAGGGAUCUUUCGACAGCACAUGAUUAUUAAGGGAAGGAAUAGGGAUACGGCUUGGUAUUCUAUUUUGAAGGAUGAGUGGGAUACUUCUCUGAAGGGUAGCAUGGAGAAAUGGCUGAAUGCCGAGAAUUUCGGGGAGGAUGGUGGUCAGGUUAGGUCACUGCAGGAUUUGAGAGCUGAAUCGGGUUGA